CGGUGAGCAGAUUCAUUAAGAACUCUCUUCUCUCUCCCCUCCCGUCGCCAAGAAAUCCCCAAUCUCCGCCUUUAAUUCUUCCCAUAGAUCCAGUUCUUGCCCCUUGUGCGGCGGCGACGGUAGUCUAGUGGUACGGGUGUUCGAUUUUAGCGUUGAUUAAGAGCAGCCGGGGCGCCAUCCAUGGCGGAAUUGAUCGGGCCUCGUGUUUACAGCUGCAGCAAUUGCCGAAACCACGUCUGCCUUCACGAUGAUAUCAUAUCCAAAGCAUUUCAGGGGAGAAACGGGCGUGCCUUUCUGUUUUCUCAUGCCAUGAAUGUUGUCGUGGGGCCAAAGGAAGAUAGGCAGCUGAUGACAGGGCUGCAUACGGUUGCCGACAUUUACUGCCGUGAUUGCCGUGAGGUGUUGGGAUGGAAGUAUGAAAGAGCUUAUGAAGAGACACAGAAGUACAAAGAAGGGAAGUUCAUAUUUGAGAAACCCAAGAUUGUCAAGGAGAACUGGUAGUAAAAUUUCUAAUGGAUGCUGUGUUGGUGAAGCUUGUGUUGUGAGCUUCCUGUCAGUGUAACAUUGUUGUCUGUGUGUUCUGAAUCAUCUGAUAGAACCAUCUGUUCUUGUGCAUAAGGCAAAUGUAAGUGAGAACUCAUCCCAAUUGUUGCAUUCUUGCUUCUCUGUUUCUGUAAAGAUUGCCUAUUGGCAAUUGUUUGAUCUCUGUGAAUAUCAGACUAUCGUAUUGUGGAUGUCGGUCCUACAACCAUGAAA